AUGGCACACCCAUCGUUACCUUCAUUACCACCUCAGCGGGUGCCCAACAACACCUCAGCAACACCGACCAUCCCGUCGAGAGAAUGCAGCCCCAUGGCUCUAGCUCAGGCUGUUAAUCCUUUGCCAAACGACAGCCCUUCGUCGGAUCUCGACGGCAUUGCCGAAUCUAUACCCGCAGUUGACGAGUCCCUCCAAACACGAAUCGAACGUCUUGGCCGCGAGCGCCCUCCGAUCUUUACAACCCGCUGGAGCGAGAUUAUCUUCGUCUUCGGCAUCUCCAUGUCCCAAUUCUUGACAGAAUACUUCGUCUCAGGCUUCACCGUCAUCCUCCCAACACUGAUCAGAGAGCUCGACAUCCCGCAAGCAGCCAGUGUGUGGCCAGCGACCGCCUUCUCCCUCGUCAUUGCCAGCACCUUGCUCGUCUUUGGCCGUCUGGGCGAUAUGUGGGGAGGAUAUCCCGUCUUCAUGUGGGGUCUUGCCUGGCUUCUUACCUGGAGUAUAAUAGCCGGGUUCAGCAUCAAUCCGCUGAUGCUCGACUUCUGUCGGGCUCUGCAAGGACUGGGAGCUGCGGCAUUCUUACCUACUGGAGUCAUGCUCAUGGGGUCGUUGUAUCGUCCUGGGCCACGAAAGAACCUUGUCUUUGCAGUAUACGGCACUUCAGCGGUAUUUGGAUUUUUCGGUGGCAUUCUCAUGGCAGGGAUCGUAGGUCAAUUCACGCGCUGGGGUUUUUACUUCUGGAUCGGCGCCAUCCUGACGGCAAUUACGCUGUUAACUUCAGUCUUGUCCAUUCCGCAUCCUCAUUCAAAGGACCAACCCCCAAGCAAAGCCAAAAUGGACUACCCCGGCGCCAUUACGAUCGUCUGUGGCCUCACCCUGGUCGUGUUUUCUAUCUUGCAAUCAGCACACGCCCCUGCAGGUUGGCGAACGCCAUAUAUUCCAGUCUGUCUCGUACUUGGUGUCUCGUCGCUCCUUGCUGCAGGCUACAUCGAAACGCGCGUCUCUACUCAGCCUCUCUUGCCAGCUUCGAUCUUCACGACUCCUUGCAUGAGCCCUCUCCUUUUGGCCCUCUUCCUGCUUUACGGCACCUGGGGCAUCUUUUCUGUGUAUGGCACACUCUAUUUUCAGAACAUCAUGUCUGCCAGUCCGUUGCAGGUGGUAGCGUGGUAUGUGCCUCUCGGUCUUGCAGGCCUCAUUCUCAGCGUCAUCGAAGGCUUCAUCUUGCACCUGGUUCCAGGACGUGUGCUGUUGAUCAUUUCCGGCCUGGGCGCAGUAGGGUCACAGCUUCUCAUAGCUCUGAUUCCGCUUGGAGGAAGUUAUUGGGCAUGGGUCUUCCCUGCAGUCAUCUUCAGCACCGUGGGAAUCGAUCUGUCCACGAUCUUGAUGACAGUUUUUGUGACCACGACGUUUCCUACAGCGCAGCAGGGGCUGGCUGGGAGUGUUAUUAAUUCUGUGCUGCAGCUAGGUGUAGCUUUCGUCCUUGCUUUGACCGACAUCAUCCAAUCAGCAACGGUAGACGAGGCAGGAUUAGGGAAGAGCUAUAAGAACACGUUUUGGUUUGGAGUGGGUGCUGCAGCCGCGAGUUUGUUGAUUCUGGCAAUCUGGGGGAAGGUACCUAAGGCCAGUAGUGAUUUGACCGCGGAUGAGAAGGCUGAACUCCUGGAAGAGGCAAUGACCGAGCAACGAAGGUAA